UGUCCUUGGGUCUUGUUGAUUUCAAAAGAAAAAAAUGCUGAAUCUUGGGUGGUCAAAACCCUAAUUACUGACCACACAUGUAUUACAACAAGAAAGCAUUAUGCAUGUACUUCGAAGUUCCUGUCACAAGAGAUGCUAGAGCAGAUUGAAGAGAACCCAGAAAUACCAGUUAAGGCUGUACAAGAGCAAUUUCAAAGGAGGUAUUCAGUUGGGAUUUCAAGAAUGAAAGCAUAUAGGGCUAAGUGCAUAGCCAAGAAGCAUGUGGAAGGAGACUAUGCUGAACAGUAUACAGUCUUGAGGGACUAUGCUCAUGAACUCAUCCAACAAAAUCCAGGUACAACUGUUAAGAUUGAGGUUGAUGGUAAUCCAGAUCCAGGGGAUAAUACUAGACAAUUUAGAAGGAUAUAUGUGUGUUUGGCUGCAUUAAAGCAGGGGUUCAAAGCAAUUGGAAGGGAUUUCUUAGGUCUAGAUGGUGCAUUCAUGAAAGGACCAUUCCCAGGGCAACUGUUAAGUGCAGUGGGUGUUGACUGCAAUAAUGGGAUCUACCCUGUUGCUUAUGCAAUAGUGGAAUCUGAAAACAAAGAGUCAUGGACUUGGUUCUUAGAGAUUUUAGGUGAUGAUCUUGGUUUAGGCACUUACUCAAAUUUUACUUUCAUAAGUGAUCGACAAAAGGGGAUACUUCCUGCAAUCUCAAAACUGUUUCCUUGUGCUGAGCAUCGAUACUGUCUUCGCCACAUACAUGAAAACAUGAAAGUUACUUUCAAGGGAGAUCUUUACAAGGAAAAGCUUUGGAAGUGUGCUUGUGCAACAACAGUCCCAGAAUUAGGCAUUGCUAUGGAUGAGUUGAAGGCUUUCAACAAGAAAGCUCAUCUAUGGUUGUCAAAGAUUCCUCCUUUGCAUUGGUCAAGGGCUUAUUUUUCAGGGAGGGCUGUGUCUGAUAUUGUGCUUAAUAACAUGUGUGAGGUUUUCAAUGGAAAGAUAGUAGAAGGCAGGGACAAGCCUAUCAUAUCAGCCCUUGAAUACAUAAGGGAGUAUCUAAUGAGGAGAAUAGUAACUGUGUUGAACGUAAUAGAGAAAAGUGAAGGCUUGCUUACACCCAAGGCAACAGAACUUUUUGAAGGGAUCAAAAGAGAUGCAACUGCUUACCAUGUUCAGUGGAAUGGGGGUGAUUUGUAUCAGGUUAGUGGAAAGCCAAAUCAUGCACGAGUAGUGAAUUUGGCUGCAAGGACAUGUAGUUGCAGAGCCUGGGAAGUAACAGGAAUGCCAUGCAGACAUGCUGUGGCUGCAAUUUGGGAGAAAGCUGCUAAUGGGGGCAGGGUGGGUGCUUUGGAGAGUUGGGUACAUCCGGUUCAUACAAUGGAGAGGUGGAAAGAGGUGUACUCUUUUAGGGUGAACCCUAUCAAUGGUAGGACAUUAUGGACAAGGGUAAAUGCUCCUACAACGAUUACACCCCCAAAACAUCACACCCAGGUUGGUAGACCCAAGAAAUUAAGGAAGAGAUCUGCUGUGGAGCUUGAAGAGAUGACCCAAUCAGGAAGGCUGUCCAAAAAGCACACUAAAGGUGCAUGUUCAAAGUGUAAGAAGACUGGACAUAAUUCCAGGACUUGCAAGGGUCAAGGUGAAGCUGUCAAGACUGGCAAAUCAGGCAAGAGUGGCAAUGCAGGGAAGAAAAGGAAGGCAGCAGCAAAGUGAAGUUGUUUUAUGUCUUUUGAACUUAUUGGUUGCUAGUUUUUAGAUGUUUGUGAACAUGUUUUAUGUCUUUUGGGUAAACUUUUUAUGUCUUUUGGGUUGCUACUAUUUAGA